AUGGGCAGUUUCGGUCAACUUGAUUCCACCUUUUGCUUCCCUCUUGAGCAGGGUGAGUUUGAGUCUCAAAGACAGCUUUGCAAGUUUCCUCGUCGCCCUGUUUUGAAUGACGUUCGCCGUCCUGGUUCUGGGACUUAUUAUGGUAACUUGGGUGAGAUAGAGAACCGUCGUCCUGCUAGACGUUCUGCUUUUGCUUAUCACAAGACUAUUCAAGUUCCUAUUGGUUAUGAUUUUUCCGUUCAACCAAACAAGCACCUCGCAGUAUCCACCGAGGUAGUCGAAGCUGAUGAAGAGACUGAUUGCGAAGAGCUUUUGUUGAACUUUGCUCCUGAUGAUUAUUCCGGCUCUAGAGACUCUAAAGGCUUCCUUUGUGGUGAGGUUCCCACUUUGCUUCCUGAUGAUCCAUUGUUUACUGGCAUCCCUGAUUGUGCUAGAGAAGACGAUGACGCUUAUUUGCACCGUGAGUUUAUUAAUGCCUCAGACGACAUUGAAACAAUUAAUUCUAUGAAUGCUCCUGAUGCCUCAAUGGGUCCAGUUGAGCUAGAGCUCGAAUGUGCUCUUACCAGGGUCGACAAAAGGUUCGAGAACUUGGGAAUUAUUAUUGAAGAGAUAUUAUUCGAUAUGCCAGAGAAAGUAUCCAAAAUGGCUUCUCUUAAAUCCAAGUUGGCAUUUGGCAAACGCCCCUCUAUUUCUGGAUCCACUCUAUUUACUGGAAUCCUUACCGGUCUUUGUGCCAACCCUCCAUUGUAUGCUCCUGGGGUACCUCAUUCUUCCAUCUAUGAAGUUAAAAAGUACCAACUUCAAAGUGGUGCAAUCCUUGGAGUUCAUUCGCCCGUUGUUUACAAUCAAAUCCGGGCCGUCUGUGGAGUUGACCACGACGAAUUGAUGAGUUCAUUUGAUUUACAGUCUUUGGAUGCUGCUAUUACCGAGAGAACUGGCUCCGAAUUUGUUACUCCUGAUGGGAAAUUCAAUAUUAAGACGCUCAAGCGCAAGGAGUACCAGAUGAUCUCUGAUUUUAAGUUUCUCGAUGACUACUACACCCAUGUCAGAGACUUAUUGACACGACUUCCUCCCUACCUGGGACACUACACUAUUUGGGAGAAUGGAAAGGAAACACAUUUUGUUGUUACGAAAAGUUUAGUUGACAAGAACAAUGACACUUUGUUCAAACUCAGGGCAUCGACUGAUGGCGACCUUAAUGGAUUCCCUCGUGUGGUUAUCAAGGAUCUCAAUCGCCUCAAUGACAAGUAUUUUCAUUUGCCAGAGAAUGUGCGAGACCAUAUCAUUGGUCAGGUUAGAACCGAUGCCAAGAUGUUAAAGAGGCACAAUAUUCUGGAUUAUUCAUUAUUGGUUGGGCUUGAGUGUGACCCUCUAACUGGUGAAGAAACAUCCUCAGUUGGCCUUAGUAUUGCCCUCUGCCCCUCUAGUCGGGUCAAGAGAGUGGUUAGUUGUAUCAGAUCACUAAUUUCUGGACACUCCACUUUCAAGGAUCUUCGCCAGUCUGCCUCGGCCAAUGGACCGAGCAGACCUGUGGUCACACGCUGUUGA